AGCAAAAGGUUAUUCAGUGGUCCCUCUGGUAGCAGAGACUCCCAAAUCCUCAAUUCUGUUUCUCUCAGACUGACCAUGAGUGGGGCAGCGUUGGGAAUCGAUGUUGUGGUGGUGUUCUUCCUGGCUCUGCUGGUUCUGUAUCGAUAUGCUGACUUCAGGAAGCAGCACAAGUUGGUGAUUGUGGCCACAGUGUUAGCCUGGUAUCUCUGCUUCCUCAUUGUCAUCAUCCUGCCUCUGGAUGUCACCAUGACCAUUUACAGACAGUGUGAAGUCGAUAGCUUCAGGAUAUCACCCAGCAGUGCCCCAAACUCCAGCAAGGUAUUCACAGCCAACAAGACCAACUCCUCCCACAGUGUGCCCGAUAUCCCAGUGCUGCAGCAAUGUUUCAAGCCUUGGAGUUACAUCCCGGAUGGAAUUCUGCCUGUUUUCUGGAGAGUUGUCUACUGGACAUCACAGUUUUUGACCUGGAUCUUACUGCCUUUUAUGCAGUCCUAUGCUCGUUCAGGUGACUUCUCCAUUGCGGGAAAGAUUAAGACUGCACUGUUUGAAAAUGCCAUCUACUACGGCACUUACCUGCUGAUUUUCGGAGCUCUCCUCAUCUACGUGGCUGUCCAUCCUGGGCUGAGGCUCGACUGGGACAAGCUCCAAACCAUUGGCAUCACUGCUGCUAACACAUGGGGGCUGUUUCUACUGGUGCUGCUGCUGGGGUAUGGCCUGGUGGAAAUCCCGCGCUCCUAUUGGAAUGCAGCCCGACGUGGUUACCUCCUCACCAAGACCCAGUUCAAAGUGGCGAAGUUGAUGACUGAGAAAGCAGAUGCUGAUGAGACCCUCGAGGAUGUGAUGGAGGAGGUCAGGAAGCUUAACGAAACAGUGAAAUAUAACCAUCCCUUCAGAAAGUACAUCGACACCAUCCUCCGAAAGUGUCCCACUGAGUACCAGGAGAGAAUGGGCAGGAACAUGGAUGACUAUGAAGACUUUGACCAGAACAGCAACAGCCUCCCAAGUGAGAAGAGUCUGGUCAGACUCCAUAAACAAGUGAUCUACGUGGUUCAGAGGCAGCAGCGAACGCGAGUCCAGUGGAAGAUGUUGUUGGAAGAAGCCUUUCACCUGGAGGAUGUAGCCAAGAAUGAAACCAGCAGCACCCACCAGUUUGUUCGUGGUUUCCAGAGCCAGGAGCCCAGGAGCUGGAUCAGCCGUUACCUAUAUACCCCUAGUGUAGAGUGGUACUGGGAAUGCUUGCUGCGGAGUUGGUGUUAUCGGAUUCUGGCUGUGGUUCUCUCGCUCUUCUCAAUAAUCGUCGUCUGGUCCGAAUGCACUUUUUUUAGCACCAAACCCGUCCUCUCGCUCUUUGCUAUCUUCAUCCAGGUGGCUGAGAAAACCUACAACUACCUCUACAUCGAGCUCGCCUGUUUCAUUAGUAUCUUCUUCCUGAGUAACUGCAUCUACUCCACUGUCUUCAGGAUUCGUAUUUUUAAUUACUACUACCUGGCUCCACACCAGCAGACUGAUGCCUAUAGUCUACUCUUCAGUGGAAUGUUGUUCUGCCGUCUGACACCACCAUUAUGUCUGAAUUUCUUGGGACUGAUCCACAUGGAUUCCGCAAUUUCACAUCAGCACAGAGAGCAGACUGCUUACACCUCGAUAAUGGGCUCAAUGCGGGUGAUAUCCUUCAUUGCUGAUGGAUUCUAUAUUUAUUAUCCGAUGCUGGUUGUAAUCCUCUGCAUUGCUACCUACUUCAGCCUGGGUACACGCUGCCUGAAUCUCCUUGGCUUCCAACAAUUUAUGGGAGAUAAUGAAAUGACAUCUGACCUUGUGGAUGAAGGAAAAGAGCUAAUUAAAAGAGAGAAAAGGAAACGGCAGCGACUUGAAGAUGGGGAGAAUCGGCGAAGGGAAUGGAAAGAACGCUAUGGAAACCAGAAAGAGGAUUUCACGCGGAACAGGGGCUCUCACUCUGAAAUACCUAGUUCAUUGCAUGCAACUAAGCGGGCUUCCACUAAGUACUCCCGCUCAAACAGUAGGUCAGAAAGGGAUUGCAUGGAGUUGCUGCAGGAUCCAGAGCCUAUGGAUUUUAAUGCUGACUCCUUCAGUGAUGACUGCCCUGAUCAGAACUCUGAGCUGGGAAGGUACCAGCCAAGUGGAAGGUAUUUGUCGAUGUCCCGCAGCCGGAUCUUUGAUGAUAUCUGAAUGUGCACAAAGGGUCAGUUCCACAGAUUUGCAUCUGCUUGAGUAUAAUCCACUAUCUGCCCUCAGCCACUGCUGGGGGUUGGAGGUUUUGUUGGGAAGGGAAGAGCAGAUCAGGCCCUUCCCACGUACUACAGUGACUGGACUUACUUCAAAAUUACUUUAUUGGUUGUAAAAAUGCUUUGGGAUAUCUUGAUGUCAUGGAGGGUUCUUUGGAAGUGCAAAUGUUCUUUCAUCCCUUCCUUCCAGUUAUACUGUUCACUGCAGGAGUAAAACUGAUAGUUGUGUGCUGAUAUUUCCAUUUGUGCAUGGACUGUGGGCCUGGGUUCAGGAGUACAUUUUUCAGAGACUCUUCUUUCUGGUUAAUUUUGCUCUUGCACUUUUUCUGCCCUUGGAAUGAAGGAUGCAUUUUGGGCUAGUAAUCAGAUUUCUGUAUUCACAUCUCGGUGUAAAAAAAUCAUUGUAAUUUAUUGGGUGUAUUUAAUAAAGUGUCAAGUUUAAACCUA